AUGAGUUUCAACAUGAAAAAACCUAGUGCAGUGUUAAAAAAUAGUCGUUCUAUUGUGGAGAAAAAAGAAACAGAUGAAGAUACUUCUUCAAAAUUAUUGAUUUGCGAAUUAUCUCCCCAAAAAAAUCAAAAGAUUAAAAAUAUAUUGUUUACAUCUGAUAAAGAUGAAAAUCAUGUAAAUAAAAUCUCUGAAAACAGUUUGGAUGAUAUUUACACUGAAAAUGCUGAGAAAUUAUGUUUAUCAAAAAAUUUUAAUGAAAAUUCUCAAACUAAACCAUUACCAACUCAAAAUAAAGUCAAAAAUCUACCAUGUACUGUGACAUCAUUAAAAAAUAAUUUAGAAGAUAAUGAUUACAAGCCAGAUAUCAGUUCGAAUUUUUGCUGUCAGAAAUCUACUUCUAGUACUCUAACAAUGAAUGAAAUCACAAAUAUUUGUACAAAUCAACUGAUUCAAACAGAUCAAAUAAAUACCACUUAUAACAAGGAUCAAUAUUCAAGUUCAAACUCUUCCAUGACUGAGUUCACCAAAUCUGACUAUGAUUUUUCUUGGGAACUUUUAGCAGUAUUUAAAAAAACUUUUGGACUUCGAUAUUUUCGCCCCAACCAACUUGAAGCCAUUAAUGCUGCUUUACUUGGUCAUAAUUGUUUCAUUUUAAUGCCAACCGGUGGUGGAAAAUCAUUAUGUUACCAAUUGCCUGCAGUUGUAUCAAAAGGUGUAACUGUUGUGAUAUCACCAUUAAAAUCAUUGAUUAUUGACCAGACUCAAAAAUUAAAGUCUCUAGAUAUACCAGCAGCUCACUUAUUAAGUAACAUUACUCCAGACGAAGAAAAUAAUAUUUAUUCUGAACUUUGGGGGGCAGAUCCAGGAUUAAAAUUGCUGUAUGUUACACCCGAAAAAGUUGCAGCAAGUGAUAAAUUAACACAAGUUCUAAACAAUUUACAUUGUAGGAACUUACUAGCUCGAAUAAUUAUUGAUGAAGCUCACUGUGUGUCCCAAUGGGGUCAUGAUUUUCGACCAGACUACAAGAGAUUAGGGGUAUUUAAACAAAAUUAUCAAAAUGUUCCAAUAAUGGCAUUAACGGCUACAGCAACUCAACGUGUUCGUCAAGAUGUUCUACAUCAGCUUAAUAUUGAAAAUACAAAAUGGUUUGUAUCCAGUUUUAAUCGACCUAAUUUAAUUUAUGAAGUAAUUCCUAAAAAAGGCAAAUCUUCAUUAUUAGAAAUUGCUAAAUUAAUAAAAUCAAAAUUUGCUCGCCAGUCUGGUAUAAUUUAUUGUAUGACUAAAAAAGAAUGUGAUAAUACUGCAAUGUUGAUGUCUAGAGAAGGAAUCAAAGCUGUAAGUUAUCAUGCUGGAUUAACAGAUAAAAAAAGAAAUGAUGUUCAAAUGGAAUGGACUUCAAAUAAAUCAAAUGUAGUUUGUGCCACAAUUGCUUUCGGCAUGGGUAUUGACAAACCAGACGUUCGUUUUGUUAUACAUUAUUCAUUACCACAAUCUAUUGAGGGUUUUUAUCAAGAAUCUGGUAGAGCUGGACGGGAUGGUGAUAUUGCAUACUGUUUGAUAUAUUACAACUAUUCUGAUAUGCAUCGUAUCAAAAAACUUAUCGAAAUUGGUGGUGGAGCCACUUAUGAAACGAAAAAAGUACGUUUUCAUAAUCUCUGUAGAAUUGUAUCAUACUGUGAAAACAAAGUGGAUUGCCGCCGUGCUAUGCUACUUAACUAUUUUGAUGAAAAAUUUGAUAAAGCACAAUGCAUUGCUAACGAGAAAACUACUUGUGACAAUUGCCGAAUAAAGCGUUCUAUAAAAAUAAUUGAUGUUACUGAAGAAAGCAUUAACCUAAUAAAGGCCAUUCAAGAAAUUUGCGUUUCAAGCAAUAAUUGUAGGAAUAAUUUUACAUUCACUCAUUUUGUAGAUAUUUUCAAAGGAGUAAAAACUCAAAAAGUGAUAUUCCAUGGCCAUGAACAUUCUAAUAUAUUUGGCAAGGCUGUACACUGGGAUAGAGAUGAUAUAGAACGAUUAAUACACAAAUUAAUACUCGAAGGUUAUUUGAGAGAAGAAAUGGUUGCAUUUAAAUCAGAUAUUAUGAAUGCCUACAUUCGAAUAGGCCCUGAAGCUGAAAAUCUUCUUGGUGGUUUUGUUAAGUUAUCACUUGCAUUAAGUCCAAAAACAAAUGUGAUUGACAGUUGUAAUGUAGGUAUUAAAGAUAGUACUGUAAAUCCAAUUAUUGAAGAAAUAAAAGAAAAAUGCUAUAAAAAUCUAAUGGAAGUAUGUCGAGGUUUAGCUGAAUCUCUGGAUAUCAGUACAAAUGCCGUUAUGACUAUCCAAGCAAUUCGAACAAUGUCACAAUUAAUGCCCAAUAAUGAAGAAGACAUGUUAAAAAUUGAUGGUGUUACAAAAUCUAAUUUUGAAAAAUUUGGUCAACCUCUGUUAGAAAUCACACAACAAGCAGCUGCAGAAAAGUCUGCGAUUAUAAGCUCUGAAAUGAAUCAGUAUGACUGUGGCAAUAAUGUCAAUUGUCAAGGAAUAAAUGUUGACUCUCCAUAUUUUGAAAAUAUGGCCAACAGAAUGAUGGAAACUAAAACUUUAAGAGGAAACAAACGGAAAACAACUUCUUCAUCUUAUAAAAGAACUAAACGUUUUAAAAGGAGUAAAGGAAAAAAGAAAAAUAGUUCUAAAAAAUCGUCUAAUUCAACAGUAGCAAAAAUACGUAGCGCUGCUAUUAAAUUGAGUGCUCAAUUACGUCCAACUAAGAAACCAGGAUUUUUACCAGUGCCAAAAUAAGCUCCAACAUAAUAAUUAAUUAUUGAUAAAUGAUAAUCAAAAAUGAAUAUACAACAUUUCUAUACACAAUA